GGGGGCGGUCCGUCAGGAUGUCCAGGACCCAGUUGCAUAGGGAGGAGUUCAGUCCCAGGGCCGUGAGUUUAGAGGACACUAUGGUAUUGAAGGCCGGGCUGUAGUUGAUGAACAGCAUCCUCACAUAUGCAUUCCUUUUGUCCAGGUGGGAGAGGGCAGUGUGCAAUGCAAUGGUGAUUGUGUCGUUUGUGGAUCUGUCAGGGUGGUAGGCGAAUUGGAGCGGGUCGAGUGUGUCGUUGAGGGAGGAGGUGAUGUGGUCUUUGUCUAGCCUCUCGAAGCACUUCAUGACUACGGAAAUCAGAGCAGUGGUUGAAGAGGGACUCAAUCAGCUGCCAUACAGCGAGUGUACAGUGACCACUCCCACAGGGCAUAAGUAUGAUGGCGUGAAGUUUGAGAAAGGCAACUGCGGUGUCAGCAUUAUGAGAAGCGGCGAGGCCAUGGAGCAGGGACUCAGAAACUGCUGUAGGUCCAUCCAUAUCAGUAAGAUCCUCAUCCAGAGUGACGAGGACACCCAGAAGAUCAAAGUUUACAACGCCAAGUUCCCCCUAGAUAUCAACAGGAGGAAAGUCCUCCUAAUGUAUCCCAUUCUCACUACGUAGGGAUCAUCAUGUCAAGUAUGGAUCACCAACAGACUCAAUACAGUACUAACUCCUCCUCGGGACAAAGAGUUCAGGUGAAGUGUUGCUCUACCCUGGGCCCAAGGAACUGUGCUGUUGGAGUCACUUUUUGAAUGAACCAGAAAUUAGGACUAAAUUGCUCCCGUUAGCAAGGCAAUAGUGUAAUAGUCAUGGGCAUCCCCUGUUUUUAUGAAGAACACUUGACAGUGGGACUCUUCCACUUGAUUUGCUCUUUGCAACACGUUUUCUGUUAAAUGACACCUUCCAGCUAAGAUAAUUGUGGGAAGGUGUCUUUUAUUCGGCUCUGAAAAUGACCUUGGUAGGUAGCGUGCUUCAUAUUUUUCAGCAUAAUUUAUCCCAGGCAGAUAAUUACACAUUUCUGAGGGAAACCAUAAAGAGCUCACUGGACGGCAAUGAAAAUUAUGAAUAGGCCAAAUGGAGCCACUGAGAGUGAAGUAAUGGUCAUCUUUUUGUCCACUAACUAGCAUCCCUCUCUGGGAGGAUUGAAAACCUGCCUUGAGACAGAUCAAAAUGACAUUUUAUUAUUUUAUAGAAAGUAUCAGCAGAUGAGUCAUAGUAACGAUCACUCAAGGCUAAUACUAAGGACAGACUUUUCUUCAAGACGUCAUUCAUGUUGCCUGUUCCUCGGUCAAGUCACUGUGAUGUCUGUCCUGUUUUUAUGCUAUCUAAUAUGCAUAUGUUCUGUCUUCAGGUACAGAUAACACCGUGAUUGAGGCUGUGAGAGUUCUGACUGAACAUGGUCUCCGGGCCAAACUCCACCCCUCACCUAUAUAACACUGCCUCACCUAUAUAACACUGCCUCACCUAUAUAACACUGCCUCAGCUAUAGUCCCUACCUUUAAUAUGGAAGUAGACUUCAUAAGGUUCAACAUUCUAGGGUUUCAUACUACACCCUGUUUUCCAUUCAUUCCGGGCUCUAUUUGUAACUGCGCAAGUGUGAAGCAUGUGUUAGUUUGCAAUUUCGUCAUGCAAAACUGACACAGUGGCAUUUUCCAGCCUUAAUGCUCGGUUCGGCAAUUUAUAAUAUCAGCUUGCUUGCGCUAAGGUGGGAGGGGUAGCCAUAUUUGAGGCUUGUUUAUCAGGACACACCUCAAAUAUGGCCACCGGUCGAGGGGAACUCUAUGAAAAUAGUGAUGGAUAGCCUACUUGAACAAACCAAAUGCAGGCAUGUGAAUUGUGAAUAAUUAAAAAGCAUUAGAGCAAAAACCUUCCAAAAUAUUUCAAAGCACUCGCAGUAGACCAUUUAAACCCCCUUUUAUCUAUAGGCUACUUUUGGUUAAAGACCAGGACAAAAAUACACACCUAUGCGUUGCUUCUAAACCAGCCUUGAUUAAGGGGGCGGGCAGGCUAUACUUGGCAGGCUAUACUUGGCAGGCUAUACUUGGCUUUUAAUCAAAUUAAACGAAAUGGGGGGAAACCAAUAGUAUUUUUAUGUUGUCGGUUGUCCCGCUGUCGGUUGUCAUGCACACCUGUCUGUCUUCGUGCGUCUUUGAGACCCUGGGCUAUUGUUUCACUGGUAUGGUCAUCGGGGAAGUAUGACGUCUUGAGGCAUACAUUAAGCAAUGUCUAUUUUUCAUCUAUAUAGUGGGACUGUUAAACUUAGGUAUGGCUCCAACAUUCUGCUCGACCAUAGAUCGGUUGUGGUGGAAAAGCAAGACACAUUAGCCAGCUUCUCAGUGACUCUUUGGCGGGUAGCAAUGUAUAACCGCGGCAUUGCUUCUUCCGCAAAAUACUUGCGGCUUGGUAGCUGAUAUUUGGGGUCAAUUGCACAAGCAUUUCGCUACACUCGCAUUAACAUCUGCUAACCAUGUGUAUGUGACAAAUAAAAUUUGAUUUGAUUUGAAAAAAAAAA